AAAGAGAGGCGCGGGGACCGCUCGGUAGAUAGGUAUGCAUCCGAAGAUCGGCGCAGAGACAGGGACCGCAGAGAUCGCUACUGAUGUAUGACGAUCUGCAUAAUCAUUCUUUCUAUGGCUUUUGCUGUAAUCCUUUUGCUAUUCAUAUUACCGCUGGACAAAGCGGCAUUCCUGAUGAAUCCCUAUGCAAUCAAACCCAUUUGCACUUCGGCCCGGCAGCAGCCUUUUCAGACCGUAUGGGGCAAUUUGCUAGGAUCUUGGCCAUCGGGCCUUCUACGCUGCAUCAAUUGCGCUCCGGUAGUCGAGUAGACAAGGAAAGCGUGCAGCAGCUUACAUUGAUUCAUGGAAAUGUCUCUUGCGCCUUGUCGUGUGACACUGACUUGCUGCAUGCUGUGCUUCACGACAAUCCAGAGAUUCGGAGGGGAACGUAUAAGCAU